AGAAAUGAUACUCGGUUUGCAACUAAACCGAAUCUUUCACGAUGGAUCGUUUUCGAGUGCGCUUAACGUUUAUAGAACGACGACGUUUGUUUCAUUCCCGAGACUUUCCAUUUUUAAAAUAGGUAAUUUAUGGUUUACGAAAAGUGAGGAAAAAAAGGAAACUACGGAUAAUUUCCUUUUUCUAAACUUUCCUUUUUUCCUGAAGGAGCAGAUGAUGUGACUAGUAUAAAUAUAUGACUACCCCCAUGGAUCCAAUAAUCAUUCGAAACAAUCUGUAACACUUGUCCAAUAUAACACAGACUCUAUAAGAUUUUAUUCUCUGUUCAAUGGCAAUGACCGAUAACAAUAAUCCCUUUUCCAUGUCGACAAUGUCUGAUGCUUUACAACACAUCCCUUUCUCUAAAGGAGUCUCCGGUUACAUUCCUCCUCCGGGAUUCGCCCCACGCUCCUCCUCCGCCGUAGCAGACACUCGCUCAAACUCUCUGUUCAACGUUAUGACUAGCGGCAAAGGCUUGGCCCAGUUUAAAGAUAUCAUCUCAAAGUCUGACCGAAAAGAGCUUCAGCUGAUGGCGUCGUUGCUUACGUCAGACUCCGACUACUUCAUGGAGGUCGUCAGAAACAUUAACGGGUCGAGACGCGUCCAGAAGCUCCUCGGAAUAUCAGACGACGUGGACGCUUUAUUCUACGCCGCUAUCUUGCGCCGCUUCUACCACAUUAUCACCGAUAAGUACGCAACGUACGUGGCGAUACGAGCUAUGCUCGUUUUCGACCAGAAGAAGCAGUAUGUAAUGUACGAGCACCUUCUCCACCACGCGCUCGACAUAGCGCGUAAUCAGUACGGCUGCAUUGCGCUCAAUGAGGUUAUAACCGAUGCGGAUGAUCCUUUCUACAGAAAUCUUCUACUAGACGUGGUAGCGCGCAACGCUCUCUACCUAAGCAAUGAUCCUUCAGGGAACUUCGUGGUCCAACACGUGCUUGCACUCUAUGACUUGCGUUGCACGCAUAACGUUGGUGUUAGUCUUCAUGGCCAUUGCGUUGAUCUGUCGUUUAAGAAGUAUGGAAGCUACAUCGUAGAGAAGCUUCUAGAUACUGAGGAAUCAAUGGCUGUGGUGGUUGUGGAGCUUUUGGAGUGUGAAAGAGGCAGGUUGACGAGGCUGGCGAGGAAUGAGUUUGGGAGUUUCGUGGUGGUCAAGGCAUUGAAAAUCACGCAGGGGAUGAAUAGGGUCGAUCUGUUUAGGGGUUUGGUGCAGAAGCUGAUGCCUGUUCGCCACCUUUUGGUUAGGUCUCACGGAAGCAACAUUGUAAACUUCUUGGAGUCGACUAUUUAAGUUACCUAGCUGGUCACAAUAGUCGUGUAUGUCUGUCUCAAACUAGUUACACAGUGCUGCAAAUUGUGCAAAUUUGAUGUGCUAAGUUCGAUUUUAUGGUAAUUGCUAAUAUCUUAUAAGAAAGGCUUCUUGAAGAAAAGUUAUCUGAAAACAUGAAUGUUCAAUUGUCUUUGUUUCAAACUAACUGCAGUAGUCAAAUUGUUCGGAUUAUAAUGUGUUAGGUUCAUUCUCAAUUAUUGUGGUCUUGUAGGAUUGGCUCGUUGAAGAAGAGUUGCAAUUUGAGAAACAUGAAAUAUUCAUCGACAGUUUUCUUUAAAAUAUGAAAUUCCAUAACUAAAACCUAAACAUAAGUUCUAUCAUGUCUAAUUGAAAUUUUAAACAAAAAAUAACUAUAAACAUAGGUUCUAUCAUGUCUAAUUGAUCCACCAAUUUGAAAAUAAAAAGUAUCAAGAUAGUAUUAAAUGACCUUAAGGUAGCUUAAAUAAAGAUAUCAGUCUUAAAAAUAACUUACACUACCAGGGAUGGCUUAGUGCAAAAACAAGGAAGGAAUCAGUGAGCAGCUCCAACUUUUCCACAUUCAUUUUAUACACUCCCACUUUUCCACAUCCAUUUUAUACACUCC